GCAGCUAAUCAAAAAAUAAGCCUGCCGAAUAAGAAAUAUACAAGCAAAGCACGCAGGAAUACAAAAUAUAACAAUCGAAAGAAAUCAACAAGGCCUCGAUAAUGUAAUCAUGCACGACCACAAUCAGAUCGGGCAUUAUUUUGUAGACAGCAUCAAGUACAUUUUUUAAAUUUCACGUGCUAAAUUCAGAAGAAAUCCUACCACAAUUGCUACACGAUUUGACGAGGGCUAGGUAAUCCAUCCCCCUAAACAACGCGAUGUCCAGGAGAGAAUCCCGUCUGAUGGCCUACUUCACGGCGGAGGAGCAGUUGCUAAACUGCUACUCGCCGCUGGAAGGCGACGAGGUGGAUGCGGAGGCGGUCGAUGUUCCAGACACGGGAUCGGGCGUGGCUGAGGAUAAGGAACGGCUACAUGUGCCCACUGCAUCUGCCACAGAACCCCCAAUGCCAGGACCAGACCUGGACCCCGCUGUGGACAGUAUGCUGCACGUGAUCUCCGACGAUUCGGACAUCCACAGCCUUAUCUCGAGUAGCAGUGGCUUCAAGGGCUGGCCGGAAGAGGAUCUGUCCGCCAGUUUCGAAAGCCAAAAUGAACGCUUUAUCUACGGACUGCGCAGACACCUAAUAGUCACAGAGGAGGCCUCCCCAGCUCCGGUAUGGAACACCUGCACACCGACCAAGCGUCCACGCACCAGCCACGAGGUCAUCGAGAUUAAUGACUCGCCCGAAGCAGACCAGGACCCGGCAAUUGCCCUAAUGCAGGCAGUAGUAAACGGUCCCGACGUAGUGCUGACCAACGGCAACGUCGACCAUUUCGCUAUGAUGCCACAAGAGAAUAUUGAGGCUGAACAUGAACAUCAGAUGGGCACUGGUGGAGAGCAGUGUGUAAUAUACGAGUCCGUAGAUGGAGAAAACAUGGUCGUUUUAGCGGAGGAGCACUGUUGUGAGAUAAUAGUGGCUACACAAGGGGUGGCCUGUGAGCAAGAGUUCGCUAGGGCAAUCCUAAUGGCCGGAAAUGGAGCUGGAGCAUUGUUGGGUCUGAUGCCCGAGGAAAAUAGUGCGAAUGAGUGCAUCAAUGGGGCUAACUACAUUGAGGAGGUGGUUGAGGAUUUUGGGGAGGACGGUGCACGUGUAGCAGCUGGAAACAAUGUGUACCUUAGUGACGCAGCUCUGGAACAGCCACUGGUGCAUCAGGAACUGGUGGAGGACGAAGCGCCUGAGGAAAACGAGAAUGCCACAUUCAUAGACGAUACACCGAUGGAGGAGGAACGCCCAGACAUUUGUCAGGUGUAUGAUCAUGAAUUAGAAGACCACGACGAUGAAGAAGAAGACGGCAUCAUACACCAAGCGACAGGCCAUCCAAUCGACAUCAGCACUGAGGAGCAGGAGCCGCCCCCAAAUAACCUGCACAGAAAGUUGCCCCGCGAGCACAGUAGUCCCACAGAGUUCCCAGUCAGCUCCUCCUCUAUGCCUAAUGCCAGCUACAACUACGAUUUUGAAGACGAGUUAACGGGAUGCCACUCUCCGUCCAAGGUCGCACCUUUAAAACGCAAGUAUACGCCACUGAUGAAGAAUACGCUACAUGGAGAGGCUAUGGAUAGAAGGCUGGCUAGCAUCUGUCAAGCACAACCGCAGAUGAGUCCCGCUGAGAAGGUCUCUAGUUGGGAGACCGCGGCUAGCGAGGAGUGGGCGGCUGUCGAGGAUGUAGAGAGCUUUGAUGCCGCCUUUCACCAAUAUGAAGCUGCUAAGGUGCCACAAAAGGAGCACAACUUUCUCGAAUUUUGCGAAACACUGGCUCGCAACAUGGAGAAGCCUAGCCGCGACAGUAUGCAGACUUCUGAUGAGUCCACUCAAGAGCAAGCCAGCUCUCAGUCUGCGGAACGACCGGUCCACCGUCACUUCUUGCAUAUAUUGCCCACCGAGGAGACUAUUGUGCUAGACGACGACGAUGACGAUUGCUACGAGGUCGUAGGAAUGGAGAACGCCUCCGUCACCACGUUGAUUCCCGAGGAGGAACUGCAAGUGGAUCAACAACCGGAUGAAGUCGAGGUAGUGCUCCCAGACGAAUCUGAUGUAAAGAACACCGAGCAGCCGAACCUCACCAAGAAUACCUCUACUACGGACUUGGAUAGCAGUCCGGUUGCACCAACAAUGGAAUCGUCCGUCAACUUAGACUUGGUUGCAUCUAUUUCCAAUGCUCAACCGUGUGCCGCUGCAGCAGAGGAACCUGUUGAUGAAAUGCAGCCUGAUUCAAGCGGUCGUCUACCUUCAGAAGGCCGGCAAUUGGCUAAUGCUGUCCUGGAUGUUAUGCGCCAGCAAGUGCAAAUCCAACAACAAAAGCUUAGGGAUCAGAAGAUGCAGCAACAGAUGUAUCGCUACCAGGAAUUAUCACAGGCACCAGAAGUUCAAAUGGAAAAUCAAGGACCGUACGUCAGUUGCCCAAACGAUAGCAUGUUUUACGAGCAACAGGAGUUCUGCAACUAUCUUGGUCUCACAGAAAUGUCUACGGCUAAUGCAGUGGCUACAGCAAUGAGAGAGCUGGCAAACAGCACUGUGGCCCGGCGAUCUCUCCGAGUUCGACCCCAACACCAGCUGGAUAGAAUGCGUAGCGAUGUGCGUGGAAAGCGGCGGGAGAGAGAGCGAGAACGGCAGCAGGAUAAGGACAAAAAGAUAAAUCUGACCACCAGCAGUGAGCUUAGCACUGAUAAAGAAGAAACCUUAGCGCCUCAGAUAGUAGAAUCUGUUCCAGAGGCCGAUGCAGUGCCCAGUUUAAGCAGACAGAUAUCUGCAGGACAUCAGCGCCCGUUGAACCACUUAUACGGCUCUCAUUCCCGGGAAGAAGGAGAACGCUUUGUGGUCAAAUCACGCUUAGAGCAAGAGCGACCCAGGUCCCCCAAAAAAUUAGCAACGCAAAGGUCUUCAAAAGACCGAGAAAGAAGCCAAUCCCCCAAGAAACCGGAACAGCAAAAUCAAAGGUCCCCAAAUGAAAAUGACGGAAAAAAAGAACAGGAAGAAAACAGGGAGCCUAAGGAUAGACGGGUUCAGUAUGUUGAAGCGGCCUUUGCCAAGGUCUACGAGGCUGCUGCUCCUGCCCAAUCUAAGCUGUUGGAAAGCAUGCAGCAACGCUUGCGCCAGGCGCGCGAGACCAAGCCAUCGAUAUACAUAAUCAAGGCUACAAGCAAUGCCUUGCCGCAGGCUCUAUCGCCAGGCAGACAGGAGUCUCGCACCUCACCUGUAUCCGCUCAUAUAGAUAAAGUUUUUAGUGAGUUGAGUGCACCGCGUCCUUCCGCAGUAAUUUCCCGACCUGUGAAGGCAAAUCCUAUAAUAACCAGUCCAGUUAAAGCUUCGUCUCCAGUCUUAUCACCUCAGUCGCCAAAGGUUAUCAAGCACAGGAAAACGCAUGGAGCUUCAAAACCAGUAACUGCCACAAAGCGUCGACGUACUACAGUAGGCGCUCCCAGCUCUGGAAAGCAGGCUAGGGUCCGCGAUCUGGUUACUCGUUCCACCACACAUCUUAAUUCGAAGCUUCUGCGAAACCGCAAGGUUAGUCUACUCAAAAGCUACGCCCUCUCGGACGAAGUGGCUCUGGGACGAGUUAAGCGACUAAGCGGCGGAACAGCACAAGGCGCCAAAAAGGUCCUUAUGCCCAAGAUUGUACGGGGGGGUCUCAGGAGACCCGAGCCAGUUGACAAGAGCCUACCUGAACAGCACCGCCUGCAGCAGCAGCAAUUGGCUCCGCCGAACACACCCCGCAAGGUGAAGGGUGUUAAGGAAAAUACCACUGCAACGACAAGUGCAACCAAAGCUCCCGAUCGCCUAACGAAGCGAACUAAGAGGUCGCGAGCGAAAUCGCUGCCUGCUAAUCUUAAAGCGGUUUCCAACACGAUUCCAGACGCUGUUCCAACUAACACAAUGCUAAGGAUUACAGAGUUGGCAAGAGAAGUCCAGAAAGAUCUUUUUGAUCCCCACAAUCAUCUGGUUGACUCCGCUGUCGUAGAAACUGCAGACCUGACCCACGUUCAUUCCCCUACCAUUACUCAAUCGCCUUACGCACAGCCCGUGCUUGUUUACCCGCCUUCGCCCAUAUCCCCGCCACUAAAUGCGGAGCCGCGUCGUCCUCGCCAGCAAGCCGGAAAGGUUAAUCCUGCUGAUCAAGUCCUGACCACUCCCCCAGGCGGCCUGCUCCGGCUCAGCGAAGGUUCAUCGACUCUAGCAAAUCCGCUUUCCGCUAAGCACGGUCAGGUUUUGUAUAUGUACUAUGAGCUAGAACAGCUCAUUGUGCUGCAGGAGAACUAUGUAACCUUUUGGAAAUACUCCAAAGUGUUUAACGUGCUGCAUCAACCACGACAGCAAACCUCCUUUGAUGUAGUCAGGAAAUCGCCUGCACCUCAGUUACAUCCUCGGAAUUCUAAAGACACAGAUCAGGAGAUGGAUGUUGGCCCGCGAUGGGUGUACCUAGGAAGAGUUCGGCGCCUAACUAGCGAAAAGGAGAUUUUUACGCCGUUUGGCAGUCGCAUUUGUGUACACAAUUCGACGCCAGUCUACCUUGAAAUGCGAAGCAGGCCGUUGGACCAUCAUAAACGAGAGGUCAAGCUAACGUCGUUGCAUGUAAACGUAUACUACUUUUGUGAGGAGGAACUGCGGCCUCGCAUGCAUUCUGUGCACUUGGACGCUGUCAAUUGCGAAUGGCCGCAUGUCAUUUACACAACCAUUGCCGAGUCCCGUUACUUUGUUAUGGCCUGGCAGCAGGAACUGGUGAUGGGCAAGUCUCGUUCGGGCAUCUGCAAAUACUCGCUGACGCCCACGUUGGAUACGUUGGCCUCCAUUCGAGAGUUUAAGCAGCUGCGCCACGAGCUUCGCCACAUCGAGUGCCUUUCGGAGGAUCGCCUAAUCGGCUAUGGGCAGACACGAAUCACCGUGUGGGACCAUCGCAGCGGCGACACUCUAAUGAACUACGAUUUGGGUCGUCCUCUGGGCCGGUGCCUAUCUGCCAUGCACUAUCCUAGUCUCGAUAUGGACCAAAGUAGCAUGCUAGUACUUUACCAGCUCCUUAUGGAGCCAAACAACCCGGCUGAGGUGCACGUAAUAGCCUGCGAGUUGUCUCAUGCCACGCCAUCGCACCGCCUGUUGCAAAUACACCGUCUGCCAUCUCCGCAGUUUUGCGAUACAACAGAGGCCGUUAACACAGGAGAUCAUUUAAUUAUCAAGUCUGCGUUGAAUGACGAGGUCUGGAUAAGUGCGGCCGAUCCGAGGCAGCUCACCUAUUUGGCACCGCAAAGUAACGGAGCGCAGCGGUUUUAUGCACGCCAGAAAUCCCAGGUGAUCGAGAUGUCCCCGGAUACACUGACUGUAGAUAGCAUUGCAAAUCACAUGUUGAAAUUGGCUGUCCAACAGAAACACCUGGCGUAGAACUGUACCAGUAACGUUAAAACUUGUUUUCUCAUCAAAAUUCUUGUUAAAGAUCAUUUACAAGACACAACACGAAUAUCGCCUUUACUGUGAGUUUUCAGAUCCCCAAAUAUGUAUGCUUCUGGCUGACAGCCCAAAACAUGUAGUUCAAAUAUAUGCGAAACUA